CCCCAUCAAGAUGACAACCUCCGAAAAGCACCGAGACUUCGUGGCAGAGCCCAUGGGGGAAAAGCCAGUGAGGAGCCUGGCCGGGAUUGGUGAUGUUCUGGGCAAGAAACUGGAGGAGAGGGGCUUCGACAAGGCGUAUGUGGUCCUCGGGCAGUUUCUGGUGCUAAAGAAAGAUGAAGACCUCUUCCGAGAAUGGCUCAAGGACACGUGUGGCGCCAAUGCUAAUCAGUCCCGGAAGUGCUUUGUGUGCCUUCGAGAGUGGUGUGACGCCUUCUUGUGA